AUGGUGCAACGUGUUGAUCCAGAUUACACUAACAGGUCCAAGAAAUUCCUGCUCACUGCGGGCGAUAGGAAGGAUGCAUUUGAGCGGCAGUACAAUCACGUUUACAUGUCUCGACUGGAUUUAUUUAAAUCGCGAAUACUCGAUGCUGGAAAGAAAGAAUUAGGUGAUGAAAUGGUGUACAAACAAUUGGAAGAUUUGGAGAUGCAUGAAAAAGCGUUUGUUAUUGGAAUCAUCGAGAAAAGAAUCAGCAAGAGGCCUAGCGUGUUGAAAGAGAUUGCUGAAGAUGAGAUGGUCUUGCCGGAGGACUACGACCCGGACGAGAUGAUGUCGAUUGUGUCAAAUAAGGACUUUUUAGAGUUCGAAGACGAGAAGCAGAUUGUGAAGUUAGAAGGAAAUAUCUCGAUGGAUGAAGUAGCUACUGGGUGCACUGUAGGACUGUAUGGAUCUCAGGUGAAAUCUGAUGUUUUCGAAGUGGAGAAAGUAAUAUGGCCAACGCCCUGUCCUCAACGCCCAUGGCCAGCCGAGAAAAGUAGAGGAGUCAUAGCGUUCCUAUCAGGUCUUGAGCUCGCUGGUGAUGCCGUCAAUGAUAAACCGGUGUCUACAGCAUUUGAAAAAAUGACGCGUUGGUUGAAUGGCGAAUCUACACCUGAGCCUCAUCUUUCGUCACUUUCUUCUCGUGUGGAAAGAUUGGUUGUGCUUGGAGAAUGCAUUGCAGUUGGACAGGUAUGA